UGCUAACAUGGAUAUGGUACAUCUGGGCCCAGAGAAUAACUCAAAGUUCUCCUAUACCCAUGAACCCAACCCGAGCACUGACUCCGCUGCGCUGCGUCCGGCCCAGUGCCAUGUGGACGCCUCAUGGAGCACGGUUGGUACGCAGGUGCUGGUCACGUCCGAGAGCAUAGUGGAGCAGCAGUCGGUGUCAUGGAGCCCCAGCCGGGACAUGGACAGAAUUGCGAGCAUGAAGAUCUUCACCUCGGUCAUGUUGCACGCCUGGCGGCAGAGACGCGCCGAUGUGCGCCGGCUGCAGCAGGUGGUGGAUCGCCUCCAGAGGAAGUCCAUGCACUCCAAGAACGAGCUGCAUGUCUCAAACACAUUGAUGCGCGUGGAGCAGAAGCGCUGCAAGGAACUCCAGCUGGAGUUAAAGAAGUCCACAUUAAGCAUCAACGAGGUGCGCAGCUCCUGCGAGAAGCUAACCUCAUCUGUGCGCAGCUUGAAGGCCGACAAGGAUCAGUUGGAACAGGAGCUCAGCUUCAGCCGACAGGAGCACUUGGAAUUGGAAAGAAAGGUGGGCAAAUGCAAAGAUGAUCUUUUGGGUGCGUUGAUGGAACAGCGCAACUUGCAGCUGAAGCUCUCCGAGGAGCAGAGCAAUGUGCAUCAAUUGGCACGCGAGAAGGAGAUGCUGUCCAUAAACAUGCGCAACAUGGAGGCCGAAUUUGGAAGGCGAGAGGAAUCCUACAUUCACGAGUUGGAGCAAAAAAACGAGGUCUUAUAUAAUAUGCGCCUAACGGUUGAGAGCCUCGAACGAAGGCUUCGGGACCGUCAGAGCAAACGUUGCGAACUAAAGCACUAUCUGAAGAAUAUAGAACGCUGGGAGAUCGAGAACUUCCAGACUGACCUCGAGGCAGAGCUACCUCAAAAGAAUACCGCUAUUUCGAGAGUUCCAUCCGGGUCGAUUAAGCGCAGCACCUUGGCCCUCAUAGCCGAAGACUAUGGAAUUGGCCAGUUCUUGACCACAGUGCAUUAUUAUACAACGAGCGCAGCUUUGCUGCUAUGGCUCGUUAUACUUCCGAAACAAUCGCUGAGAAAUGGAUGCAUGCCGAUCAAGAAGCGAAUAGCUAGUCCAAAGUGAAAUGUCCCAUUAAAGUAAUUAGUUGGUAUCCUA